AUGAGCGACGCCGCACCGGAAGCACCAGGACCGGAGGGAACUUCGACCGAGCACGUCGAGGACCCGAAGCCAUUUCGGUACUUCUUCAGCAAACUGCGCAAGGGGCGGAAUAUGCGCAAGUACAACCCGCGAGGGAAGACACUCCAGACCAAUCGUCUAAUCGAUGGAGACAGCAACGUCCUUGGUGAAGAAUUCAAGCAGCGCUUGUAUGCCUGGCGUCAGCGCGAAGAGGCAAGUAGCCGUCUCCCACGAUCUGACAUUGACACUUCCCUCCAGACCGAAAAAGGUCUCGCCCUGUCCCAAUUCAUCGAGGUUAAACGCAAGGCCUCCGCUGGACCUGCCCCCGCCGACUCUCCCCCAGGGAUGAAGACUGCUUCUGCUGGAACUGGGUGUAAUCCUCCAAAGAAACGGGGAGAGCGUGUCCGGUCCGACGAGGCGCGGGCUGCCCGCACGGCAGCGAGGAAGAGAACGCGCCAGAGGCAGAAGACCCGGACGGAGGUGACAGCAGCCCCCGCCAUCGACGGCCUCGAAGCUGCUCGCCAGGCGAAAUCCCGGUUCGCCGAGUGGCUUCGGCCCCUCACUAUGCCCGAGUUGAUCUCCACCUCGCACGUCAUGCACAACGAAGUGAUCAGCCGCUUCGAGGCCCUGCACCGCGCGCAAGAACGAGGAACAACUGCGCGAGGCAUCGACCGAGGGAUCCAAACUGCUGUCACCCACGGUGGUGACACUCUUGGAGUCACUGGUCUUCCUCGUGGUCCUUCUCGUGCCGCCGGUGCCAGUACUGGCCGUCCUCGCCGCAGCCUUGGUUCACGCCGUGGUGCCCUGGACGGUGCUGCUGGCCUGGCUGGCCUCUCUGCUGGUCGUGUCGCUAUGCAGGCUUGCGGUGCUCUUCCCAGCACCGGUGUCAGCGGCGAUCGACCUAUCCACGGUGGUGGGGCCGGCUGUGGUGCGCUUGGCGAUGCCGGUCUCUCGGAUGGCCAGGAUGGCCGCGACCUGUUCGAGGGUCACGACCUUGGUCUCGCUCCUGGACGUCUCAGUCGUCCCACUGAGGUUUCCCCUUCCUUCUACCGUCCCGCUGUGUCGCCCGGUCGUGAGAUCCUCCGGUCCUUCUGGGAUGACGUGUUUGAUUCUGAGGACUAG